AUGGCUACCCCCAGCGUCCUCGCUUUUGACGCUGAGGGUCGGGCCAUUGACUUUGACGUCUGGGUAGAUGACCUGCAGCUUUUCCUACAGUGCGAUAGAGCAGACGGUCUCUCCCUCUUUGACCUCACUUCUGGUGCCUCUCCUGCCCCUACUGCUGAUGCUGACGCCACUGUUUGCUCACAGUGGGCCACACGCGAUGCUGCUGCACGUCUUGCUGUGCGUCGCCACUUGCCUACCUUUGAGCAUGCACACUUUAGCCAGUACAAGAGUGCUAGGACCUUGUACGACGCUGUAGUUGCACGCUACUCUUCCCCUGCUACUGCUGCACUUAGCCGCCUCAUCCUGCCGUACCUCUUCCCUGACCUCACUGCUUUUCCCACAGUCGCUGACCUCAUUACGCACCUUCGCACUAGUGACAUUCGCUACCGAGCUGCCCUUCCCGCUGAGUUCUGCGCCAAGAACCCCCCCCCUAUGGGUGCUCCCCCUCUCCUCUCUUGCCCUCUGUUGCCUCUGCUGCUGCGGCCGACCUCGUUGGUCUUGAGUCGGGCGGUGCCGCGUCUGCCCCUAGCUGGAGACGCCGCACUGGCAAGGGCAAGGGGGGCAGGGGCGCUGGAGGAGCUAGCGGGGGCGGUGGAGGCGGCGGUGGUGGCGGCGGAGGGGGUGGGGGUGGCGGUGGGGGUGGUGGCGGGGGUGGGGGCGUCGGUGGCGGCAGUGGAAGCGGAGGCGGCGGCGGCGGUGGCGGUGGGAGCGGAGGUGGCGGAGGUGGCGGUGGUGGAGGUGGCGGCGGUGGAGGAGGCGGCGGCGGAGGAGGUGGAGCUGGUUCGGGUGGUGCUACGCAAAGGGUCGGCUCCAGUGGAGCGCGGUGGGGGUACUGGUCCGUGCACCUACGUCCUACGCAUCGGCGACCGUGCGGGUGAGCCGUGCGGGGGUGCGCACUCCACCCAGCGCUGCUUUGGCCGCCUGACGGACGCUUGGCGUCACCAGUUUCCUGAGGCCACUGAGAUCCCUCGCUGGGGCGAGCUGUCUAGGGCGGAAGUAGCUAUCUUUGACCUUGACUUUGAUGCUAUUCUUGCUGCCAUGUAUGCUGUGACUAUUAGUGAUGAGGGUGACUGUUACCGGUGUUUUUCACCCGACCCAGGCAUUGUGACUGCUGCUCUAGGUACUGGUGAGGCUGCUCUAGGUGCUAGCGAGGCUGAAGCUCUAGGUGCCAGUGCGUCUGCUUCCUCAGGUGCUGGUGAGCCUGCUCUCUCAGGUACUGCGUCGGCUUCAGCCUCCCACCCUUGA